GACGAGACAAAGCAGCGAAUUGAAACCAUGACCUUGGACAAGAAGCGGCAGAUAGAUUCCAACGCGGAACUGAAAGAUUACGUCUUCAAGCAGAUUGAGAAGGAGAUCAAGAUGAACAACAAAGCUAAGGAGAAGCCCGGAUGUGAGUUCUGGCUUGUGGCACCC